AUGUCCAAAGAAUAAGAAUUACAAACCAAAAUUAAAAGCCUCGAAGAUGACAUUCAAAAUAGACAUAGACAAAUAGUAUCACUUACUGAUAAAGUAGAAGAAUUGCAACGAUCCAUCUAAAACAAUUCAGAAGUAGUGGAACUUGGAGAGAAGGUGAGAAUGCUUGAAUCUCAAAACCUUAAACUCAUAGAAAAGAAUCAAAGUGAUGUUGUGGAAUGGCGAUCGAAAGAAAGAGAUUUCAAUAAUCAAAUCCAAGCACUCCAACGCAAAUUGAAUGAAGUCGAAGUUCAACUGACUGAGGCUAAGGAUCUCAAUUAACAACUCAUUGCUAAGUCUGGAGAAAACAGCAAUUCUGAAUCGCAGUUACAAUAAAUCACCUAGCAUUAUGAACAUCUUCUCAGCGAAAAAGAUGCUUAACUCAAAGAGAGAGAUACUAAGAUCUACAAUCACGAAUAAAUGAUUCCACAAUUGCAGAAAGACUUAGAAGAAAGAGAUUAAUCAAUCAAAUCAUUGAAUGAACAAUUAAAAAGCCAAAAAUAGCAAUUGUCUCUAUUGACUCAAUAGAAUGGCAAUCUUAACACUCUUACUACUGAACUCAAUAAUUUAAAACUACUAAAAGACAAUUUGCUGAAUGAUAAUUAAACACUCAACUCUUAACUCCUAUAACUAAACACUACCAACGCUGACUUAUUAAAUACACUCAAACUUACAGAAGAUCAAAACAAAGCCAAUUCUAAGCAAAUCCUUGAUCUUUAGAAUGAAUUGAAGGAUUCACAAAAAUAAUACAAAGAAGAAAUGACUAAAAUUAUGCAAAUUCUUGAAAAAACCAAAGAAAAAUCUGCUCACGAGUAAGAACUAUUUAAAAACAGAUUACUUGAAAAGGAUGAUAUUUUGAAUGAAGCCAAAAAAUAAUUCGAAUAAACUACUAAAUAAUUUGAAAAGGAAAAUGCUGCUCUUACUACUUAACUAUCAUAAGCGAACAAGACUCUCAAAGAAUAGUCUAAGAAAAUCUCUGAUCUUGAACUUAAAAUCAGAGACUUAGAAUCCAAAUUGCAAGAAAGCAAUAGACAAUACAUCAAAUCCCUAGAGCAUUCUAAACAAUUAGACAUCGAACUCAAAAAAUCUAUUCAAGCAUCCUCAAAAUAUUAGGAAUAAUUAAUAUUCAAAGAUGAAGAAUUAUAAAAAUCUAAAUAGCUUUAACUAAGAAUUCUUUAAGAUAAUUCUGACUUAAAGGUGAAAUUAGAGUCUUUGUUGUAAAUGAAUUCUAAAAGCAAGUCAAAUGAAUUAUAGAAUCUCAAAAAUCAGAUCCUAGAGAAAGAUUAAGAAAUCGAAUUACUAAAGUAGUAAUAGAAAUCCUUGGCAACCCAAUUGAAGACUAGUUAAGGAUAUGCAACUAGAUUCAAACAAAGAAAUAAGCAAUUAGAAAUGGAAAAUACAGAACUAUUGAAAUCUAAGAACAAUUUAGAAACUCUGUUCUAAGAAAUACUUGAUCAAACCAAAUAAAAAUCAAAUGUAAAGAAUUUAUCAGCUUUAUCGAAUAAUCCAACUAAAUAUUAAAUGAGUUUACUCACAUAAAGAAAGAAUUAUAUGCAAGAAAACACCUCAACUCAUUCACAAGAAAACAGAUCGUCAAGUCAAAAAUCCAAUAACACCACUCCCAAUUAAGUGGCUAAAACAGGAGAUGUGUCCUUUAAACGAGCCAUCCUAGUGAGUGGAUCGAAAAAAACUACUCAUUCAGCUUCUUAAGAAAAUAUUAAUUCUAAAUAAUCUAAUAAAGCACUCAAUGAAAUACAAGAACUUGAUGAAAGCUAAUAAUAAAAUAAACCGCAAUCUUCACAGGGCCAUUAAGAGUAGUAAAUACUGCAAGGCUAACAGAAAAGUGUAUAAUAACAACAGGAGCACAAAGAAGAUCAAAUAUAUGAAGACUAAGAAAACAAUGAAGAAGUUGCAGAUUUCAUUGAUGACGACAAUGAUCUUAAUUGA